AUGCUGUGGCCAGUCACUCCAGUCAUUCUGCUCCACCUCCUUGCUGUUGUUGUUCAGAAAGGAGCCAGUUCUCAGGACAUUCUCUACCCUUACGGACCAGCCCACAGGGACCUGGAAACCCCUAAGAUGGACGACGGCAGUUCAACUGAAAUAGUUCUACUCAUGCCGUUUGUCUUCUUCAACGUCCCCUACCGGUCCAUCUACGUCAACAACAACGGCGUGAUCUCGUUCAACGUGCAGGUGAGCCAGUUCACCCCCGAGGCCUUCCCUCUCAGCGACAGCCGCUCCUUCAUCGCUCCACUCUGGGCAGACGUGCACAACGGUAUCCGUGGAGACAUCUUCUACCGGGAGUCCACCGAGCCGCAUCUGCUGGAGAGGGUCACGCAAGAUGUCCGGAAAUACUUCCAGAACCUUCCCACGUUCACCGCCACCUGGGUCUUUAUUACUACCUGGCACCAGGUCACGUUCUACGGAGGCAGUCAGACCACACCGGUGAACACGUUCCAGACGGCGCUGAUCUCAGACGGGGCGGCGUUCUUCUCCAUGUUCAACUACGGGGAGAUCAACUGGAGCACGGGCACAGCCAGCGGGGGGGACCCGCUUACAGGGCUGGGGGGCACGACAGCACAGUCAGGCUUUAACGGAGGCGAUAUCGGACAUUUCUUCAACCUGCCGGGCUCGCGGUCCAACGACGUGGUGAACAUGGAGCAGACCACCAACGUCAACAUGCCUGGGCGCUGGCUCUUCAGGGUGGACACCGACCUGAUCGAUCCGGCCAAUGGCUGCAGCUUUAACGGGCGCUACUACCGUCGAGGGGAGAUCUUCUGGCUGUCGGACCAGUGCUCCCAGCGCUGCCGCUGCCUGGACCUGGACAACCGUGUCUCGUGCCAGGAGGCCCCCUGCGGGCAGCUGGAGACGUGCGAGCAGCAGGAGGGCGCCUUCUACUGCCAGCCCACCCGCACCAGCACCUGCGUGGUGUUCGGGGACCCGCACUACCACACCUUCGACGGCUUCCUGUACCACUUCCAGGGCACGUGCUCCUACCUGCUGGCCCGGCCGUGCUGGGAGGUGGCCGGCCUGCCCUUCUUCAGCGUGGAGGCCAAGAACGAGAACCGUGGCAUGGCCACUGUGUCCUGGCUCCGCGACGUGACGGUGGAGGUGUACGGGCACCGCGUCACCCUGCCCAAGGGAUCCCCGGGGACCGUGCAGGUGGACGGGCUGAUAAAGACCCUGCCUGUCCAGCUCCAGCUCGGCGCCGUGAAGGUGUACCAAUCCGGCGUGGCCGUAGCCUUGGAAACGGACUUUGGUCUCCUGGUGACGUACGACGGGCAGCACUACGCCUCCAUCUCCCUCCCCAGCUCCUACUUCAACAACACCUGCGGCCUGUGCGGCAACUACAACGACGACCCCGCCGACGACCCCGUGCUUCCGGACGGCACGCUGGCGGAGAGCGUGGUGGAGCUGGGUGGCAGCUGGAGGGCGGAGGACACAGACUGGCGCUGCACGGACGGCUGCGCCCAGAACUGCAGCCUAUGCGAACCAGCCACCGAGGCAUUCUACUUCCGCUCGGACUACUGCGGCCUCAUCAACAAGACGGACGGGCCGUUCCGGGACUGCAGGGCGGUGGUGGACCCCACGGCGUUCGUGUACAGCUGCGUGUACGACAUGUGCAGCAACAGGGAUAACAUCACCACGCUGUGUCAGGCCAUCCAGGCCUACGCUUUGGCCUGCCAGGCCCUCGGGGUCACCAUACGACCCUGGAGGUCGCGCACCUUCUGUGCCCUGACAUGCCCAGCAUCCAGCCAAUACCAGGUGUGCACCAGCGCUUGUCCCGCCUCCUGCUCGGACCUCACGGCCCACCUGUACUGCACCCACCCCUGCACGGAGGGCUGCCAGUGCGACCCGGACCACGUCCUGAGUGGCAGCCGCUGCGUGCGCCGCGACGAGUGCGGCUGCGAGCGAGACGGCAUCUACCACCACCUGAACGCCACCUUCUGGGCGGGGCCGGGCGGCGAGGCCGGGGAGUGCUCCCUGCGCUGCGUGUGCGGGCCGGCCGGGGAGAUCGCCUGCUUCAACGACUCGUGCCGGGAGGGGGAGGUGUGCGGCGCAGAGCUGGGCCUGUUGGGCUGCUACCCUCGCAGGGAGGGCUCGUGCUCGCUGGGCCAGAGCCAGGUGGUGGCCUCCUUCGACGGGGUCUCCCUGCCCUUCCAGGACGAGAACUCCUACUACCUGCUGAGGAGCUGCGGCGCGACGCCGCCCAACGUGUCGUCGGUGGAGGUGAAGAUGGGUCGGCGGCUGGCCAACAAGGGGCCGGCCUGGCUGAGACCCGUGGUAGUGCGAGUUGCCAACCUGGAGGCCCAGAUUGGAGGGUCCGACUUCGACAUUGUGAAGCUGAACGGAGAGCCUGUCCUCCUGCCCUACAUCCACCCCCUGGACACCCUGCUGAUCUACCGCGCCCACGGCAACGCCACGGUGGUGGAAUCCAGCGGCCUGCUCCGCGUGCGCUACACGCGCCAAGGCUUCCUCAACAUCAGCCUGUCCACGCUCUUCUUCAACGCCACCUGCGGCCUGUGCGGCGUCUUCAACGGCAACGCCAGCGACGACCUGCGCCUUCCCAACGGACGCCUGGCCGAGUCCGUCGAGCUCUUUACCGACGGCUGGCGCGCCAUCGCGGACGACCUCACCUGCAACGGCGACUGCGACGACCUGUACCGCAUGUGCACCGACCUCAGGCUGUACCAGAGCCCCUGGAUGUGCGGCAACAUCAACGACCCGGGGAACAGCUCCUUCCUGGUGUGCCACGCGGCGGUCAACCCCUCCCCGUUCUUCAGGAACUGCCUGUACAACAUGUGCGUGAGGGAGGGAAACCGCUCUGCCCUCUGCUCCUCGCUGCAGGCAUACGCCUCCGCCUGCCAGGACGCUCAGGAGGGCUGCCAGUGCGAGGAGGGCUUCGCUCUGAGGGAUGGCCUCUGCGUGGCCAGGAGCGACUGCGGCUGUGUCAGUCAGGGACACCAGCUGGACACCAACCAGACCUUCUGGACAGACUGGGAGUGCCAGGAGCGAUGCUUCUGCAACGGCUCGGACAACAGCGUAUACUGCAUGCUGGCGUCCUGCGCGCCCGAGGACUUCUGCCAGGAGACGGACGGCCUCUACUUCUGCCAGCCCCGCACCGAGGCUAUAUGCGUUGCCGCCGGUUACAGCCACUUCCUGCCGUUCGGCGGGGUGCCCUUCGAGCUGCAGAGCUCCUGCACUCUGAGGCUGGCUACUACGUCCUGCGGGGGCAGGGAGGGGCAGGCGGAGGAGGACGGGGACCAGUUUAGGGCUGGGACCUCCAGCUUCUUUCCCGAGUUCAAACUCAUGGCCCGCAACGAGCAGAGAGACACUGGCCAGGCCAUCUGGGUGAGGGGGUUCGUCCUGGACGUGUACGACUUUGAGAUCGAGGUGUCUCGGAGCUACAAACACACAGUUACGGUGAACAAAGAGCGUCUGCACAUGCCCGUGAAGCUGGGAGCGGGCAAGAUCAACAUCUUCUCCCUGGGCAUGCAGCUGGUGCUGAAGACAGACUUCGGGCUGACGGUGGCCUUCGACUGGAACACCCUCCUUCUGCUCACGCUGCCCCGCAGCCUCUACAACAGCACCUGCGGCCUGUGCCAGGGCCUCCCCGUGUCCGCGCCCGUGCUGAGCACCAGCGACUGGGGCAUGGCCUGGGCCGAGAGGGACUCCUUCUGCCAAGUGGGCUGCGGCGACUCGUGUCCCCGCUGCGGCGUGGUCGAGAGGGGGCUCCCCGGAGACGGCCCGCUCCUGGUCGCCGACGGCAACUCCGACGGGAACGAGGGCGCCGAGGUGGGCAUGCGCUUCCACAUGGGAGACGGGCUGUACGUGUUCGUGGAGCCGGAGGCCGUGAGGCUGUGCGGCCUGAUCGUGGACCGCGGGGGCGUGUUCGCCCGCUGCCACAGCAAGGUGGCGCCGGCGUUCUUCUACCAGAGCUGCCUGCAGGACACGUGUCUGGACCAGGGAGCCCAGGACACCAUCUGCAACUGGCUGCAGGUGUACGCCAGCACCUGUCACACCCAGGGGCUGCUCGUGGUUGGCUGGAGGAUGGACACGCCCUGUGUCCUGUCCUGCCCGGCUAACAGCCACUACUCCAGCUGUGUGCCGGUGUGCCAGCCCCAGUGUGCCCCUGCCCGCGGCCAGAGGGACUGCAGCCCGGACUGCGUGGAGGGCUGCCAAUGUGACCCCGGCUUCGUCCUCAACGGCAAGAGCUGCAUCCUGCCCCAGAACUGUGGCUGCUACACCGACGGGAAGUACUUUGAGUCGAAGCAGCUGUUCUGGAACAGUGACUGCACCAAGCGCUGUCAGUGCAUUGGCCGUAACCUGGUCCAGUGUGACCCGCGGCGCUGCAAAGCGGAGGAGGAGUGUACUCUGAGGUACGGGGUGAGAGGCUGCUUCCCUCGGCGCUCCCAGCACUGCGUGGCGUCCGGGGGAGGGGUGUUCAGGACCUUCGACGGGGCGUCCCUGCGCCUGCCCGCCUCCUGCUCAUUCGUCCUGUCCACCAACUGCCACAAGCUGCCAGAUCUCUCCUUCCAGCUCAUCGCCAACUUCGACAAGUGGAGCACGCCUAACCUGACCACCAUCUCCCACGCUUACCUGUACAUCAACGAGGAGAACAUACUGAUCUCUGGCAGCACCGUCAAGGUGAACGGGACUCCGGUGACCGUGCCCUUCGUCACUGGGCUGAUGACACGCGUGUCCACGUCGGAGGGCUUCCUGGUCAUCGACACGCCCCUUGACAUACAGGUGCGCUACAAUCGCUUCAACACUUUGAGCAUCACCAUGGGCCCGCGCCUGCACAACAAGGUGUGUGGGCUGUGUGGCAACUUCAACGGGGACCCCAGCGAUGACUUCAUCACCUCCAGGGGCAAGCCUGCCAUCAGCGCGCUGGAGCUGGCGCAGAGCUGGAAGACCAACGGCAUGCAGAACAGCUGUGAUGAGACCCAGUACGUGGCUCUGGCCCAGUCCUGUGAGAACACGGCCGUGCUGGGCCUGCAGGGGGAGGACGGCUGCCAGAAGCUGACCCAGACCAAGGGCUUCUUCCAGCCCUGCCACGGCCUGCUGGACCCCAGGCCCUUCUACCAGUCCUGCUACCUGGACGGCUGCUACAACCACCGCAAGGCCCAGGUGUGCGGCUCGCUGGCGGCCUACGCAGAAGCCUGCCGCUCCCUGGGAACACUCACCACCAAGUGGAUCACCCAGGAGAACUGCUCAGAAUGGAUCUAUGACCCCUGCGCAGGAGAGAUCUGCACCAACAACACCUGCGAGCAGGAGAACGGAGGAGAUCUGUGUGGCUGCCCUGAGCUGCCUAGCAACCCAGGGGGAGAGGAUGACAUCCUACAGGCUGAGGUGACAUGUAAGCACGCCCAGAUGCAGGUGUCCAUCUCCAAGUGCAAGCUGUUCCAGCUGGGCUUCGAGCGUGAAGACGUCCGCAUCAACGACCAGCACUGCCCCGGCAUCGAGGGAGAAGACUUCAUCUCCUUCCACAUCAACAACACCAAGGGACACUGUGGUUCAAUUGUCCAGUCGAACGGCACUCAUAUACUGUACAAGAACACUGUGUGGAUCGAGAGCGUCAACAACACAGGCAACGUCAUCACCAGGGACAAGACCAUCAACGUCGAGUUCUCCUGCGCCUACGAACUGGACCUCAAGAUCUCCCUGGAGACCGUGCUCAAGCCCAUGCUCAGUGUGAUCAACCUCACCCUGCCCACCCAGGAGGGCAACUUCAUCACCAAGAUGGCGCUGUACAAGAACUCCACCUACCGGCAGCCGUACCGGGAGGGAGAGGUAGUCCUGAGCACCAGGGACAUCCUGUUCGUGGGCGUUUUUGUGGAGGGGGCGGACGAGAACCAGCUCAUCCUCAUUGUCAACAUGUGCUGGGCCACGCCGUCUCGCUACAGCAGUGACCGGCUGAGAUACAUCAUCAUAGAGAGAGGGUGUCCCAACAUCAAGGACAACACCAUCGGCAUGGCAGAGAACGGCGUCUCUCUCACCUGCCGCUUCCACGUUACCGUCUUCAAGUUCAUCGGCGACUACGACGAGGUGCACCUGCACUGCGACGUGUCUCUGUGCGACUCCGAGACCAACGCCUGCAAAGUGAACUGUCCACACAACAGGAGAAUGUACUCAGAGGACAGUGAACACAAGGAGCACAUCCUGUCUGUGGGCCCCAUCAGGAGGAGAGAGUCUGACUGGUGCGAGGAGGGUAACGGAGGGUGUGAGCAGAUCUGCAGCAGUAAGGGAGCGGGGCCCGUGUGCAGCUGUGUGACUGGGAUGCUGCAGAGAGAUGGCACGACCUGUCGAGCAGUGGGCUCCAGUGGUGUUCUGCACCUCCAGGUGUGGUGCUUGGCUCUGGGCUUGGGGCUGUCCGUGCUGACAGCCCUCCCACGCCUCCUCUGUUAGCCCCAGGGCGGCAGGCAGUCGUGGAAACAGAGAUGCAACAGGAGGAGAGAGAUGUGGAGUACAAGCUGACGACACGAUCUCUUCGUACUCCCUCUUACUUCCUGCACCCUUCUUCUAUCUC